GGGCAGCCUCCCAAGCGCCGUCCCGCAAUCGUUGGGGGCAGCCACAGAUGCCGUAACACAUAAAAUGCUUCGCCUCGUCGCCGCGGCGCUCACGCUCGCCGCCGCCGCGCCACCAGAAAGGAGCAGGCCCCACACCCACUUGUUUGUGGAGCUCUCCUGCGGCCCCCGCGACCCGUCGAUUGAUUGCGAGGCGCUCGUCGCCCUCAACGACAAUAUCGGCGUCGCGGGCUGGGCGACGGGCGAGUCCUUUUGUGGGUGGCCGGGGGUCCUCUGCGGCGACGACGGAAGGGUAAUAGCGCUCAGUCUGAGAGACAUGGACCUCAAGUCCAACGCCAAGGAGAAGCAGCGCGAGCCUUCAAAAGGCAAGAGCGACAGUCACAUGCAACGCGGCAAAAGGUUAAGGAAGGAGGUGCCGCGGCAGCUUAUCAAGCGGGAUGAGGUGGAAGAGAAAGAGCCCGAGCCCUUCGUCGAGCCCUCCCUGAGGCAAUGUAGGAAACGGCCGGUCUUUCCGCAUAGAGCUCUCGCGAAACUCGAAAGGCUCGAGGUGCUGUCUCUCAUAGGUCUGAACAUGACGGGAACCGUCCCGCAAUCAUUGAACGCGCUGUCUUCAUUGAGAGAGCUCCACCUCGCUGAGAAUUCUUUAAGUGGUUCGUUGCCCGAGCUCGACGACCUGACGCAGUUACGAGCUUUACACUUAGAUGGGAACGGCUUCUCGGGCACGCUCGGUGGCUUGUUGAGGAGCCUCGCGACGAGUAAUCUGAGACGCCUGGGCUUGUCGCGAAAUAUGUUGACGGGCCACCUGCCCGGCGGUUCACUGGAGAAGCUGAAAUCCCUGGAAGCAUUUAGAAUAGGCGGCAAUCGACUGGAUGGGCCCUUUCCCGCGUCAUCACUCGCCAAACUAUCAAACCUAACGAACGUCUCGGUCUGGGGCAACGCUUUUGAGGGAGACGCGUCUCUCUUCCUGGACAAGGCGUCCUCCACCCUAAGAACCUUCGACGCCACUUCCAACAAAUUGAGAGGCGAUUUACGAGACAUGCCGCGUCGAAAUCUCGAGAAUUUGAGAUUGGGCGGCAAUGCGUUGGAAGGCUCGUUACCGAAACCAGCAAAUUUGAGAGAUGUCGCUUCGAUGCAACUGUGGUCUGAAAUGGAGGGAAGAACAACCACGGAGGAAUGCGACCUCGAGCCGACGUGCGGCGGCGCGUCUGCGGCGAACUUGGCUCUAUCUCGUGCGCUGGACGACGCGACACUGUGGCUCGGCGGCGACGUGCGGCCCUGGCAGAAGCUCCUGCAGGACGACGAGCGCAAGGGCGGGCCGGUUCGUUCAAGGAAGAAGGACGACGACAUCGGGAGCGAUAUGCUCAAGGAGAUGCGGAGGGAGCGGGAUCGGAAUGAGCGGAAGCUGGCUCGAAGUGGGGGCGGCAAGAAGUUGAAGGCUGUGUGGAAAUCAACCAGUGCGUCGGGUGCACAGCGGUGAGGAACCGGCAUCGCCACGCCAUCGAGCAGAUAUCAUGAAGAUGGCGUGGAGGACGACGCGAUGAUUCAGCACGAACGCGCCGUAAAAUUUUGAUUUCCACACAGGCUCAAGGACUUCCGGAAGAAGAUCGAUGACCCUAAGAAGAAGAGCCAGAAAAAUGUGGUCGAGGCGAUGUACGCUACUCGGCGGUCGCACUGGACGCAGCAGGUCGCCGACUUUGUUGAGUCAGUUGAUGCUGCCGAGAAGGCCGAGUUGGAUGCAGCGGAAGCUGCCAAAAAAGCAGCUAAAGAGGCUGAACAGAAGGCGAAGCGCGACGCCGACGACGCCGCGAAGGCUCUGAGGGAUGCGGAACUCGCCGAGGAGAAGGCGUCGAAAGUACGGGAUGCUACCACUGAGAAAGAAAGACGCAAGGCCGAGGACACGCGGGAUGCCGCUGUAAGACUGAAGGCGUCGGGCGAGCGACGUCGAAGGAUCGACGCGCGGAGCGACGACGCCGAGGCGCGCAUGGCCGAAGUGCGGAAGGGCGUGGAUAGGGUAAAGGAGCUCAUGGACCGUCAUGAUAAUACGCCGUCCGAGGCGGAACGCCUGAACUCCUACGAUGAUGGUGUGAGACGCUCGCAGCAGUUCGCCGAUCGGCGGGCGGAGAUCGAUGCGGGCGUCGCGGCGGCGCGAGCUAGAGCUACCUCCAUGCGGGAUCGGUACUCCGGGGGGCGCGCGUCGUCGUCGUCUCGCGAUGUGCGAGGCGAGGCUCCGGCGGAGGACUCCGCGAGGCGCGCCGCGUCGUCGGAACAUCGUGAGGCUCCGGAGGACUGGCACGCCGACGCGCUGCCGGAGUCGCACCAGUUCCGCGCUGCCGAUGCGUUCCCUACUGCCGCCGAGACGACGGACAAGGCGUCUAAGGCAGACGAUGCGACGACCGAACAGGAUGGUCGGACCGCGCAGGAGCGCGAGCGCGCGUGGGAGGCGGCGUUCGCGCGCGCGGAAGCCGCCGAGGCUCGCGAGAAGGCCAAGGCGGCCGGCGCGCCCGUCGUCGCCGCGGCCAUUGAUGCAGGCGUCCCUCAAGACAAAGAAACGCGCCUCGAGGAGCUCCGCAAGCGCGCACGGGAGACCGUGAGACUGGCGAGCCAGGGCGAGGAAUUUUAAUUUAUGUGAACUUACUAAUUAAGG